AUGAGCGCGCGCCUGCCGCUCUUCCUGCGCGGGCUCCGCCGUCCGCAGCAGCCCCCGGGCCCGCCGCUCCGCCUCCGAGCGCCCUGUCGCGCCAGCAGCGGCGGCGGCGGCGGCUGUGGCGGCGGGGAGGGCCUGCUCGGGCAGCGGCGGCUGCGGGACUCCCAAGUCGGAAGCAGCCGCGGCCAGGGCAGCCAGGCGCCCCCGGCGCGGGACUCGAUCGUCAGAGAAGUCAUUCAGAAUUCAAAAGAGGUUCUGAAUUUAUUGCAAGAAAAAAACCCUACCUUUAAGCCGGUGCUUGCUAUUAUUCAGGCAGGUGAUGAUAACUUGAUGCAGGAAAUAAACCAGAAUUUGGCAGAGGAGGCUGGUCUGAACAUCACUCACAUUUGCCUUCCUCCGGAUAGCAGUGAAGCCGAGAUUAUAGAUGAAAUCUUGAAGAUUAACGAAGACGCCAGAGUACAUGGCCUUGCCCUUCAGAUCUCCGAGAACUCGUUUAGCAACAAAGUCCUCAAUGCCUUGAAACCAGAAAAAGAUGUGGAUGGAGUAACAGACAUAAACCUGGGGAGGCUGGUCCGUGGAGAUGCCCAUGAAUGUUACAUCUCACCUGUGGCCAGAGCUGUGAUUGAACUUCUUGAAAAGUCAGGUGUCAACUUAGAUGGAAAGAAGAUCUUGGUAAUAGGAGCCCAUGGGUCUUUGGAAGCUGCCGUGCAAUGCCUAUUCCAGAGGAGAGGGUCCAUGACAAUGAGCUCCCAGUGGAAAACACCUCAACUUCAAAGCAAGCUUCUUGAGGCUGAUAUUGUGGUCUUGGGCUCUCCCAAGCCAGAAGAGAUUCCCCUUUCUUGGAUACAACCAGGAACUACAGUUCUCAACUGUUCCAAUGACUUCCUAUCAGGGAAGCUUGGACAUGGUUCUCUUGGGGUACAUCUUCAUGGUCUCAUUGCAGAGAAUGAUGUCAGUCUCCUUGCUGCAGCUCUGCGGAUUCAGAACAUGGUCAGCAGUGGAAGGAGAUGGCUACGUGAACAGCAGCAUGCAAGGUGGAGACUUCACUGCUUGAAACUCCAGCCUCUCUCCCCCGUGCCAAGUGAUCUUGAGAUUUCAAAAGCACAGACUCCAAAAGCCGUGGAUGUCCUUGCCAAGGAGAUAGGAUUGCUUGCAGAUGAAAUUGAAAUCUAUGGCAAAAGCAAAGCCAAAGUACGUUUGUCCCUGCUGGAAAGGUUAAAGGAUCAAGCAGAUGGAAAAUACGUUUUAGUAGCUGGGAUCACACCCACCCCUCUUGGGGAAGGGAAAAGCACAGUGACAGUUGGGCUCGUACAAGCAAUGACUGCACACCUGAACAUCAACUCCUUUGCCUGUCUCAGGCAGCCUUCUCAAGGACCAACUUUUGGAGUUAAAGGAGGCGCUGCAGGUGGCGGAUACGCCCAGGUCAUCCCCAUGGAGGAGUUCAACCUUCACUUGACCGGGGACAUCCACGCCAUCACCGCUGCCAAUAACCUGCUGGCCGCCGCUGUUGACACAAGGAUUCUGCAUGAAAACACUCAAACCAAUAAGGCGCUGUAUAAUCGACUUGUUCCUUCAGUGAAUGGCGUCCGAGAGUUUUCAAGCAUUCAGCUUGCUCGGCUGAAAAAACUGGGAAUAAAUAAGACAGAUCCAAACGCACUGACGGAAGAGGAAAUGGGUAAAUUCGCCCGUCUCAACAUCGACCCCUCCACCAUCACGUGGCAGAGAGUAUUGGAUACAAAUGACCGAUUUCUACGAAAAAUAACGAUUGGGCAGGCACCCACAGAGAAGGGGUAUUCCCGGCAGGCACAGUUUGACAUCGCAGUGGCCAGCGAGAUCAUGGCAGUGCUGGCCUUGACUGACAGCCUGGCGGACAUGAAGGAGCGGCUGGGAAGAAUGGUGGUGGCCAGUGACAAAAAUGGGCAGCCCGUGACAGCAGAAGAUUUGGGGGUCACAGGUGCCUUGACAGUUUUGAUGAAAGAUGCAAUAAAACCAAAUCUGAUGCAGACCCUAGAAGGGACACCUGUCUUUGUGCAUGCUGGCCCCUUUGCUAACAUCGCCCACGGCAACUCUUCAGUGUUGGCUGAUAAAAUAGCCCUGAAACUGGUUGGUCAAGAAGGAUUUGUAGUAACUGAAGCUGGCUUUGGUGCUGAUAUUGGAAUGGAGAAAUUUUUCAACAUCAAGUGCCGAGCAUCUGGCUUGGUGCCCAACGCAGUCGUGCUGGUGGCCACGGUGCGCGCUCUGAAGAUGCACGGAGGCGGGCCAAGCGUAACUGCUGGUGUCCCGCUAAAGAAAGAAUAUACAGAGGAGAACAUCCAGCUGGUGGCAGACGGCUGCUGUAACCUUCAGAAGCAGAUUCAGAUUGCUCAGCUCUUUGGGGUUCCCGUUAUAGUGGCUCUGAAUGUCUUCAAGACUGACACCCGUGCUGAGAUUGACUUAGUUUGUGAGCUCGCGAAGCGGGCUGGCGCCUUUGAUGCGGUCCCCUGCUAUCACUGGUCCGUUGGUGGGAAAGGGACGGUGCAGCUGGCUCGGGCUGUGAGAGAUGCUGCCAAUAAGGGAAGCCGUUUCCGGUUCCUGUAUGAUGUUCAGCUUCCAGUUGUAGAAAAGAUAAGAACCAUUGCGCAGGCUGUGUAUGGAGCCAAAGAUAUCGAACUGUCUCCUGAGGCACAAUCCAAAAUAGAUCGUUACACGCAACAGGGUUUUGGAAAUCUGCCCAUCUGCAUGGCAAAGACCCACCUUUCUCUAUCUCACGAACCUGACAAGAAAGGUGUACCCAGAGAUUUCAUUUUGCCCAUUAGUGAUGUUCGGGCCAGCAUAGGUGCUGGGUUCAUCUACCCUUUGGUUGGAACGAUGAGCACCAUGCCGGGACUGCCGACCCGGCCCUGCUUCUAUGAUAUAGAUCUUGAUACAGAAACAGAGCAAGUUAAAGGCUUAUUCUAAAUGAACCCAACUUCCACAGGACCCAAUUCAGGCUCAGGAAACAGACUACUCCUUGCCUUUUUGCUGCCGUUGGAGAAGAAAGUGAACUUGAAAUAUGCCUCUUACGCAACGUGGGAGAAAUGGGGAAAUAGGCCAAAGAUUUUUUCUUUGUUCAAGACUGAAUUCUGUGUGCAACCGAGGACAGUGUCCAGUAAAAAGGACCUCCACCGAGUUUGAAAGAAACUAAUUUAUUUUCCGUUUCUGCAGAGUUUACAUUAUUUCCCACUGCUUACACUUCAGAAAGUUUAUUUUAUGGGAAUGGAAGGAUUAAAAGAGUGUGAACUAAAAGGUAGCAUUUUCCACUCUGGAGUUCUCUAUUUUGUCUUUGGACUGCAAAUAAACAUGUAUCUAGAAAACCAACCAGCAAGUUUUCCAUGCCAGAUAAAACUCUGCUCUCUAGAAGUAACUGUUCACGCUGGGGUUGUGAC